AUGGAUAGUAGUCGAGAGCAAAGAUGGUCUCUUAAGGGUAUGACUGCUCUUGUCACCGGUGGCACCAGAGGCAUUGGUUAUUCAAUAGUGGAGGAAUUAGCAGGAUUCGGUGCAUCUAUACAUACGUGUUCUAGAAAUGCAAAAGAGAUCAAUGAAAGGCUGGAAGAAUGGAAAGGCAAAGGGUAUCAUGUUACUGGUUCGGUUUGUGAUUUGUCUUCUAAAGAACAAAGGGAGGAACUCAUGAACACUGUCUCUUCCAUUUUUGAUGCCAAACUCAACAUCCUUAUAAACAAUGCUGGAGUUACCCGAAUUAGAGAUGCAACCGAGCACACAACCGAGGAUUACACAUUUAUAAUGGGGACCAACUUUCAAUCUCCUUUUCAUUUGACUCAACUGGCACACCCACUCCUCAAGUCAUCCGGUGAUGCUAGUGUUGUUUUCAUCUCUUCCGUUUCUGGUGUUACGGCUCUUCCUUCCAUGUCCGUUUAUGCAGCCUCUAAAGGUGCUAUCAAUCAGUUGACCAAGAACUUGGCUUGUGAGUGGGCAAAAGACCAUAUUCGGACCAAUACUGUCGCUCCAUGGGGUGUCAGAACCACCAUUUUGAACUCCGAGAAGGUUGAUGAAAAAAAUAUUGAAGCAUUAGGGGCACUGAUGGCUCGCACUCCACUUCGGUCAUCUAUGGCAGAACCUGAUGAAAUAUCUCCGUUGGUCGCAUUCCUUUGCCUCCCGGCAGCAUCAUAUAUUACUGGACAAGUUAUUGUUGUGGAUGCUGGUUACACAGCUGGUGGGUUCAAAUAG